AGAAACCCCACAGGAAUGAGGCAGGUGAAAGAUCCUCAAUAUCUCGAGUGGAAAGAUGAAUUAGGAAAGCAAUGGAAACCGAAGGUGAAUUACAGUGAUGCAGUCUUGCUAGGUUACUUCUUGGAGUUAGGAGAUUUUGACUCUGAAAGGAUGGUUUACUGCAGUGAUGUGGCAUGUGAUGGAUGUGGACACACCGUCCUGGGCCCUGAAAGUGGAACUCUUGCUUCGAUAAACUACCCACAGACCUCUCCUAAUAGCACAGUUUGUGAAUGGGAAAUUCGUGUAAAGCCUGGGCAGCGAGUUCAGCUCAAAUUUGGUGAUUUUGAUAUUGAUGACUCAGAUUCUUGUCAUUCCAGUUACUUAAGAGUUCACAAUGGGAUUGGCCCCACCAGGACAGAGAUAGGAAAAUAUUGUGGGUUCGGCUUUCAAAUGGAUGGUUUAAUUACUUCAAAAAGUAAUGAAGUCACAGUACAGUUCAUGAGUGGAACACACACUUCUGGACGUGGAUUUCUUGCGACUUAUUCAACCACUGACAAAUCAGACCUAAUUACCUGUUUAGACAAUGCAAGUCACUUUUCCGAACCAGAAUUCAACAAGUAUUGUCCAGCUGGAUGUGUGAUUCCUUUUGCUGAUAUUUCAGGCACUAUUCCUCAUGGAUACAGAGAUUCAUCAUCACUUUGUAUGGCUGGUGUUCAUGCAGGCGUUGUGUCAAAUACUCUGGGCGGCCAGAUUAACGUUGUAAUCAGCAAGGGCAUUCCGUACUAUGAAGGCUCCCUGGCUAACAAUGUCACCUCAAAAGUGGGCCCAUUAUCUACAAGUCUCUUCACAUUUAAGACAAGUGGUUGCUAUGGGACGCUGGGGAUGGAAUCUGGGGUAAUCCCUGAUUCCCACAUCACGGCAUCAUCUAUUCUUGAGUGGUCUGACCAAACAGGACAAGUGAACAUUUGGAAACCUGAAAAUGCCAGACUAAAAAGGGUUGGUCCUCCUUGGGCUGCAUUUGUCAGUGAUGAGUAUCAGUGGUUGCAGAUUGACUUGAAUAAAGAAAAGAGAAUAACAGGUAUUGUAACUACUGGAUCAACCUUAGCGGAGUACUACUAUUACGUCUCAGCCUACAGAAUUUUAUACAGUGAUGAUGCACAGAAAUGGACAGCAUACAGAGAAGCUGGCAUGGAUAAAGAUAAGAUAUUUCAAGGGAACACUGAAUUGUACCAGGAAGUUCGCAAUAAUUUCAUUCCACCUAUUAUUGCACGCUUUUUUAGGAUUAACCCCUUAAAAUGGCACCAGAAAAUUGCAAUGAAAGUAGAAUUGCUAGGAUGUCAGUUUAGUAUAGGCCGUGCUCCUAAAAUCACCGUGCCACCACCACCUCAGAACAAGAACGAUGACAAGAAUGUUGACUUCAGUGAUGACUUCAUUCAUUCAGUGAAGACUUCGUUGCAGACAGAUAAAACGACUUUCACACCUGAAAUAAAAAACACCACAGUGACUCCAAGUGUAACCAAAGAUGUGGCAUUGGCAGCAGUUCUGGUUCCAGUGCUGGUGAUGGUCUUCACUACUCUGAUUCUUAUCUUAGUUUGUGCGUGGCAUUGGAGAAACCGCAAGAAAAAAACUGAGGGCACUUAUGAUCUACCUUACUGGGAUCGUGCAGGAUGGUGGAAAGGAAUGAAGCAGUUUUUCCCGACCAAAUCAGCAGAACAUGAAGAAACU